AUGCACACUUACACACGAGGUGUAAAUCCUACCGAGCAACCUCCACGUGGUACACCUUUGGUAAUGCCGAUGCCGGAGUGUAGUAACACUGGCCCGAACACGACUUCAGAGCGUAUGCAGCGCUCGAGAGUCGAGUUACAACAACCUCCACAGGACCCAAUGUCCCCAUACGAUACCGAUAGCACUACCGCCACGGAAGAUGAAGACACAUCCAGCGCCAGCGCACCCGACAGGCAUAGUGACGGGCGGAAAAUCACCAAGAACAAACUAUGUCCCCAAAGUACCUCGGAAACACUGUCGAUGAACAACGACUUGACUCCUUUGUUCGAUGAAUUUAUACACAAUUCAAACAACAUAACACCCACAGCUAACAUUACAGAAUCUAGAGAUGGAAUAUUCACGAAAAACACAAACAUCGUACAUUGCGUACCAGCGGAAGGCCCGUGGAACGACGAUCUAGCGAAAGAACUAAUGAAUAGAGCGAUGUUGCGAAAAGAAACCUUCACGAUUAAUAAACCCGAAACGCGCGGAAUAGCCCUGACGAAGCUCGAAAAUAAAUAUAUCAUCACCCUCGUUAUGAGAGACAAACGCUCAGAUAAAGUUAAUCUGGAAGACCUCUUUCAUACCUUGUCGAGAUUAAAACGCUUAAUAAAUCUACGUAAGAUUGAUGCAUUUUCGUUCACAAAAACAAACCCGGGAUUACAGGAUCUCCGGUGGACUAUCGUCAAAAAAUUAUUCUAUUAUAUAUUCGGGAAAACAAAUGUAAGAAUUAUGCUUUGCACCAACGAAACAAUGAUACCCGACGUAUCGUUACGCGAAGGAAUAAUUAAAGAAUAUCACGAAUCAUUAUUAGGUGGCCACCAAGGCGUCACAAAAAUUUACAACAGGAUUAGAGAAAAUUACCAUUGGCCUAACAUCAAAGCCCAAAUUCAAGACUUCGUUAAAACUUGCGACAGCUGCCAGAAAAAGAAAUUAGUUCGAAUAAAAACGAAAUUACCGAUGAUAAUCACAGACACUCCGGCAGACACUUUUGAUAAAGUCGCACUCGAUAUAAUAGGGCCCCUUCCCGUCACAGAAUCUAACAACCAAUAUUUAUUGACAGUACAAUGUAAUCUAACAAAAUUUUUAGAUGCCAUCCCCCUUCCUAACGCGACUGCCCAAACAAUAGAACGCAGCCAUCUAGUCCUCAUCGAACACAUUGAACACUAUAUUAAGACUGGCAAGGAUUGGGAUAAAUACAUACGCUUCGCGAUCUUCUGUUAUAAUACCGCAAAACACGAAGGGACGGGCUUUACACCGUACCAACUAAUCUUCGGCAAAGAAGCUCAAUUACUAUCAAAUUUCAAAGGCACAGCCGCGACGAGCAACACAUAUGAUACUUUUAUGCUCGACCUACUAGCAAACCUCACCGAUGUUCGCAAAAGAGCGAUACAAAACUUACAAUACGCGAAACAAAGAUCGAAAAGCUACUAUGACAAGAAGAUUAACACGCAACUUUUCGAAGCUGGACAAAAAGUAUUUCUUAUAAACGAAUCACGCUCUAAACUUGAUGACCAUUAUAAAGGCCCAUGCGUUGCGGUCCUGACCAACUACGCCCAUACAUCUUUUACCACAACGACACUCAGUACGAAUCCGGGAAUCUAUUAUGAACAACUACCGGAUCUACGAACAUUCGAUAGCGAGUGGACUCUGAUUAGCUACGUCAACGUUGAAAAUCUUACUUCCAAGUUAGGGAAAUUGGAAAGGUACCAUGACAUACUGUACAACGGGUGCAAAAUGCUCGGGUCAACUUGUGGUGCAAAGGAUGUACUAACACUUUCAAAGAAGAGAUUAUUGACUUUAACCGAAUACCUGCAACAAAUUGGAGACCUCGUAGGAUAUAAAGAAACCAACGAAAUACACGUAAAAUUAUCGCAACUUGCACACGCACGCGUGGAACGAAACUGGUACUACAGCCUCGUCGGAACUAUACACAAGACACUAUAUGGCACGCUCAAUGAGGAAGAUGGAGAAUACUAUAAUUCACAAAUAGACAGACUUUUCAAUGAUACCAAUCAUCUGGCGCUUCUGUUAGCAAAUCAGACCCAUAUCGUCCAAUCAACACUGGGCGCUCACGAACGAAAAAUCGACAACAUUGAGAAACACACCUCAGAAUUAGACGGACAAACAAUAUUCCUCUUUAAUACUUCACACACCCUCAAGACCCGAUUAGAACAAAAUUCCGCGAUAUUAAGCUUCGCGGAACAUGUAAUAACACUGGAGGAAAUGACGAACGAAUAUGAACUGGAUUUAAACUACCUCGUCGACGCAAUCUCAUUUGCGCAAAACGGUAUCAUCCACCCAAGAAUAUUAACACCGAAACAGUUGAUCACCAGCUUACAACACAUCCAAUCAUUGGAACCACUCUUACGAUUCCCAGUCCCUUUGAGGAAUAUAUACGCAGUAGAAUUGAUCAAACUAUGCCAAUUGGAAAUAGCAUACAACGAACCGAACUUAAUUUACGUACUAUCGAUACCUCUUCUGAAUGACGAAACAUUCAACUUAUUCCAUUUGAUUCCAAUUCCAGCGAAACAAAAUUUUGAUAAAUCCAAUAACAAAUUCGCGCAUAUCACCCCAAGUAACGACUACAUUGCAGUAGCCUCGAAUAGAAACUCAUAUUUCCACCUCUCAGAGACUGACUUUUCACAAUGUAAGAAGUCAAGUAACUCAUACAUUUACAAGCAAAACCACCCACUAUACCACACCAAUAAUCAUGGAUCUUGCGAAAUAGAACUUUUCCUUAACAAUCCACCCAAAACUCUUGAAACUUGCGACAUACGCAUAGACAGCUUCGAUGGCUCCUUCUGGUCGAAACUGAGAGCACCGAACACCUGGCUUUACUCUGUCUCGAAACCUGAGACCAUGCAUAUCUCCUGCCCAGAUGUCGAGGCAACGCGUACCACUCUAACUGGCUCGGGCAUAUUAAGGCUUGACAAUAAAUGCUCAGGAUAUUCCGAAGCGAUAACACUGAUUGCCUCAAACGAUAGAACAUCAACGACAUUUAAAUACUACGUACCGGAAUUCGCACUAAACUUAACGGAAAUAUAUCAAAACCUGAAUGCGAACCACACCGUAAACCUCUCUUCGAUUCCCAUGUUUCACAAAUAUAAACCUACUGUAAACAUUGACGAUUUAAAUUCAAAUGGGCUAGCCCUCAGCGACAUAAUAAAACAAGCUACGGAAAUCAGUACGCAUCAUCGCGAUAAACAAGAGACUACCAGUCUGAAGACGGCGCUCACAUACGCUGGCGUAGCGAUAUCAGCAAUAGGAAUACUAUACCUAAUAUACCGAUUCUCAGCAUUCAGUAAAAUUCUCACAAUCUUCAAGCUCUGCUCGUGUAACGGAAAAAAGCGUCACACACGCUCUAAACAUGCAACAUACGACAAACCCAUAUCACUCGAAAUAAUACGUCCUCAUCUUGACGCAAUCAGCUACAAUACAACACGCGAUACACGCCUGAAGGCACUCCCACCACCUCUGCCUACUGUAGAACCCAAACCAGUGCCCCCAAAAGCACAACCACCAACCUUUAUUACAGUGAGAAAACACCCUCUAGAGGUCAGAGAAAUUACGGCAGAUUAUUGAAUACAUCCGUGCCAAAAUCAAUGGUGUAGCCUUAGAGAAUAAGAUACUCAUAGGCUCAUGAAUACCAGCUUUUAUGACCUUCGUAGUUCCUAAGAUUCGAAUAAAACCAAAUUUCCUCUUUCUUCCAUUUCGAUACGAAUAAAAACUAGUAUAUGAGAAAUGAGAUAACAUAUUUGAAAAAUGUACUUUUGGAUCAAAUAAAGGAUUAUUCCAGGCUCGCUUGGUCCACCAAUCAUAGAUUAUACCUAGUGAAUAAGAACAUAGUAUACCUAAUACUGAAUACCAUAUAUAUAUUCUGAAAUUGUGAACAAACUAUGAAUUAGCUCCUAAGCAUAGUACACUACGAUCUUUUAUGUAUUUAGCACUAUCAAUACCUACGCCCUACUUCAUCUCUAUAUCAGGAACAUACCCUUUGUACCAAAGCCUAUGUUCCCUCUAACGGGGGGGGUGUUACGUCUAACGCCUCUCCUUAUCUCAACUAUCCCACACUGAACCCGAUCUCUCACAUCCUCUUCUCCUAUUCACCACUGCAUAUAGAUUUGCAACUAAGAACCGUGCGAGUUGCAUACGGCACCAACGUAUGCAACUCAUUGUCAGCUAAAACCCCCUCCUAAUUCCGAACCUUCCUUCUUCACAUCUUCUCUAGCCAAGUAGCUCUCCACUCCUAACCUUCGAACUAGAAACAUCUUUCUUCUCCAACAAAUCUUCAACAAAGUCAACAUACGUACCAAUAAACAAGUAAAUGUGCAACAUAUCAAUCAUUAGGUCAAACUUUCACACCUUCCUCACUGUAUCCUUUCGGCAAGGGUCGAACCUUUAACAAAUUGUUGUCGCGCCCAAAGUCGCACGUUACAGAGGUGUCGAAAUUGGUGAAAGACUAAAAAAACGCGAAAAAAAAAGAAAACAAAAUCAGAAAAGAGAUAAAAAUUGGAAAAAAAAAAAAAUCAAAAAAAAAAUUGAAAGAAAAAAAAUU